AUGGGGUCACAACAAAGUGUCUUAGAGGGUACAGCUUGUGGUCCCCCAGCGAUUGGAUUGGAAGACAGGCAUUUGUCACUUGCCUCCAUUCCCACCGCUCCCUUGCCGUCGUCUCCGAGCUUUCCAGGAAUGCCACUUCUUCCCCAUUCCAUAAAGGCAAGAUUUCGACCAAAUGUCAACCCUAGACGUCAACGUCCACUUUCCUGUGUAAUUCCAAACCAAGGUCCUGCUCUUCCAGUUCGUAGAAGUGCCGGUUCUUCCAGACAAGUUGUUACUGUGUCGGAGGCUCCCUCAAACCUUUUUCGAUCCUCUUCCACGCCCAAAGUGUGCGGUGCUUCGGCCGGGUGUCGGGAAGAUUCACAGUGGGAAAUCCACCAGUUACAACAUCGUAUACCACGAUUUGAGCCUCUGGCGACCUGGCAGAAUCUUGGCGGUUCGGAUCCCACUCCGCUGAUAGAAAUGGUGGAGGUCUACAAGCGACACUACGCAACGCUGGCAAAUACCGUUGCUCAGAAACAGGAGGAAAUUGUUGCCCUUGAAAGAAAGAUCGAGUCGACCUCGAAGCGUGCGGUUGAUUCAAUGCAACUUCGGCAACGAGGGGCUGGAUUUCCCAACCCCGCAUCCACGACUGACUCAACGGCGACAAUGGCAGCAGGGACCUACCAGUUGGAGCGAAUCUUCAGGGGUGUUAAUGAGCUGCAUGAUCGCUUCAAGGCCUGUGAGAGUCUGCUGAAUAAUUUGGAGCUUCAAGCUAAAGCUCUUGAACAGCAAAUCACUUCCCAUGGAGAUGCCACUGACAGAUAG